GACGGAACAUAGACAGCGAAUUAGCGAAACAAACUGACAAAUAAACCUUCCCGAUGUUUGUUGAACUUUUCCCUGGCUCUUAAAGGAACCCCCUUCCUGUAAGCAACUUCAUAUUUCUUCAUCUGGAAUCUAAUCCUAUGUACACACGUACCCAGAAAAGCAAACCCGAAUCUUUCUACCCCCUUUCUCUUAGAAUCUUGGAUGUCUUGCUAAUUACUCAAAUCUUUCUCAGCUGAUUAAAGAACGGCGAUAUCAAUGAUGGAAAUGGUUUCCUGUUAUUCUGGGGCAUGCUGUUAUGUUGUAAAUGUUAGGAGGGAAUUGAUUGACAGAACUCCGAGUUUAACUCAGUUAAGGAUUCCCACACGACCAGGUAGAAGUUGGUGUUGUGCUGCUGUUAUUCGAUCUGGCGAUUUGAGACACUCAGGUUUGGGUAAUUUUAGGUCAAAGAAACUAAUUCGGAGAAGUCGAGGUUAUCCAAUUGCCAGUGCUCUUAAAGAAUCUAGUUCGGGUCUCUUGAGUGGAAACUAUGAUUCAUAUGUAGUUGAUGGUACUGUGAGUGAUUCUGGGGAAGCGGUGGUGCCUAAGGUUUUUGUUCCUAGUUUACCGGAUGAUGAAUCUAAUGGGGAUUGUGGAGCUCCAAUUGACAGUUCUUUCUGGGAAUGGAAGCCGGAACUGAAUGUUCAUUACGAGAAAUCAGGGUCUGGGAAUGUGAAUUCGCCGCCAGUGCUCUUUCUCCCGGGUUUUGGUGUUGGUUCGUUUCAUUACAAAAAACAACUAAAGGAUCUCGGCUCUGAUUUUAGGGUAUGGGCGUUGGACUUUUUAGGGCAGGGUAGGUCGCUCCCGAGCAAAGACCUGACCUCGCAGUUCAAUGGCGUUGGAGAAGAUCUUAUCUGGGGUUUUGGAGAUGAAGCUCAACCUUGGGCGAAAGAACUCGUUUUUUCUAUGGACCUAUGGAGAGACCAAGUUCGCUACUUUAUUGAAGAGGUUAUUAAAGAACCGGUUUAUAUUGUGGGAAACUCGCUUGGCGGGUUUGUUGCACUCUCCCUUGCAGCACGCCACCCUCAAUUGGUGAAAGGCGUUACGUUGCUAAAUGCAACGCCUUUUUGGACUUUUCUUCCUAAUCCUAUUAAAUCUCCGAGAUUAUCAAGAAUGCUUCCUUGGGCGGGGACGUUUCCUCUUCCAACGACGGUUAGAAAUAUCGUGAAGCUUUUAUGGCAGAAAAUCAGUGAUCCCGAAAGCAUUGCAGAGGUUCUAAAACAGGUCUAUGCAGAUCACUCGAUAAAUGUGGAUGAAGUGUUCUCUCAUAUAAUCGAGACAACAAAGCAUCCCGCUGCAGCUGCAUCCUUAGCCUCGAUAAUGUUUGCUCCCGGGAGUCAAUUGUCGUUCAAAGAGGCUCUCUCGGGGUGUCAAGAAAACAAUGUACCCAUAUGCCUCGUUUACGGGAAGGAAGAUCCGUGGGUGACGCCUUAUUGGGGCUUUCGGGUCAAGAGGCGAAUGCCCGAGGCUCCAUAUUACGAGAUUAGCCCCGCAGGUCACUGCCCCCACGACGAAGUCCCAGAGGUCGUGAACUUUCUUUUGCGGGGAUGGAUCAGAAGCCUGGAGUCGAGCGGCUUGGUGACGCUACCCCUGCUCGAUAGCCCAGAGUGCGCUGCCUUCGACAUUUCUAGGGAGGUGGAAUUCAUCCGAGGAGGACUGAAGAAAUCGGUAAAUGUACAAUUUUAUGGAUCCACAACGUCGCAGUGGGAAAGGUUUGGUUUUUACGUUAAAUCUCUGCUCAAGACAGAAGGCCUAAAACUCCUAGGAAGAACAUAGUUACAUUCUUGUUAUGUUACAUUCUUGUUUGAUGUAAUUGUAAUUGUAAUAUAGAAAAUGCACAGGCACAGGGGAUACAUAUGUAAAAGUACAGUUGAAAAAUGAAUGCACUUAGUAAUUUGGGAGGUGUAUUUUUAGUAUUUGCACAGUUUUUGAACCACAA